UGUUUUAAUUCAUACUUGCCAUCGCGCAUAGGUUGACACACAAUUAGUCAUGAGUAGUCAAGAUGAAAUGGUUACUGAGUUUCGUGGGAUUACCGACGCGUCGGAGGAGCGAGCAAGAUUUUUUCUAGAGAGUUCCGGAUGGCAGUUACAGGUUGCUUUGAGCAGUUUCUUUGAUUCCGGAAUCGCGGAGAACCCGACAGCAAUGAGUGAAGACGAGGUCGAUGAGGAGUACGUUCCAGAAGAAGACCCUGAACCUCCAAAGAACAAACCAGGAGUGAGCACGAGGUCGUCAAAAGUUGAACCGAAACGCACAACCCGAUCAUCCAAGUUUGCGUCCGUGCACGAUUAUAAAAAUAACAAGAACGAUGAUAGCAGCGAAGAAGAAGGCCAGAGAUAUUACGCUGGAGGUUCAGAACACAGCGGUGAACUUAUAGUUGGACCACCUAGAAAGAAAAACACAAAUCAACAAAUAAAAGAUUUAUUUAAAGAGGCGAAGGAACAUGGGGCUGAGGUGGUCGACGAACCAAGGAAACAUGGGAAGGAAAAAGAGAAGAAGAAAUAUUUCACCGGUGCGGGUUACAAACUUGGUGAUGGGGGGGAAGAUUCUCCAUCAGUGUUUGUUCCUGGAGAAGUAGAGCAACAAAGACCUGGUCCCGUAAACGUCGUGUUAAAGUUAUGGUCCAAUGGUUUCACUGUCGAUGACGGACCAUUAAGGGAUUUUAACGACCCGCAGAACCAAGAAUUUCUUCAAAGUGUUAAAAAGGGCCAAAUACCACAGGAAUUAAUACGCAAUGCAAAAGGUGGAGAGGUCCAUGUCGAUAUGGAAGAUCACAGGGAAGAGGAUUACAAACCACAGAAGAAGAAACUUAAACCUUUCUCUGGGCAAGGACAGAUGCUUGGGAGCCCCACCCCCCAAGUAGAGACGAGCCCUGCCCCCUCCAUCUCAUCGUCAGUGGACCCGCCCAUUUCUAUUGACCAAUCAAAACCUUCAACUAAUAUUCAAAUCAGAUUAUUGGACGGGACGAGGAUACGACAACAAUUCAACCACGACCACAGAGUCUCCGAUAUUCGAUCUUUUAUUUUGAACUCUCAACCCAACAUGGGGUCACGACCUUUCGUACUAAUGACAACAUUUCCUAAUAAGGAGUUGACCAACGAAAACGAGACGAUUGCUGGCGCCCAACUUCUCAACUCACAAGUCGUACAAAAACUAAAAUAAAACAAGUUUUUCCCGUUCGAAUUUUCAAAUUGUUGAAUUGUAUUAAGCUAAUACUUAGCUACUGUGUCUGCUAACAUGUUAGGUGUUACCACACUUAUGUGAGUGAUGUUCGGUUGUCCGUUAAAUAAUGUUGUUGCAGGUUCAAUUGUUUGCUGCAAUAAAUUAUUCAAACUGGUUUU